AUGACUGCGUCAAUAAAAAGCUCAGAGGCUCAAGCUGAGGGAAGUCACCUCAAAAACUUUGUCAACAAAAUCAUUGGUCAACCUGCUUCCUAUUCCCAUAAGCAAAACUACACAUUUGGUAAAACAUUGGGCGCCGGCUCAUUUGGUAUUGUGAGGUAUGCCAGGAAUAACGUCACCGGAGAAGAUGUAGCAAUGAAGAUUAUAUUAAAGAAAGCAUUAAAGGGAAACGAAGCAAUGGUGUUGGAGGAGAUUAAAUUGCUUGAAGAGUUACAUAACCCCCACAUUGUUGGAUUUAGAGAUUGGUUUGAAAGCAAAGAUAAAUUUUAUAUUGCAACACAAUUGGCCACCGGUGGUGAAUUAUUUGAUCGAAUUGUGCAACAAGGUAGAUUCACUGAACAUGAUGCUUCGUUGGUUAUAAUUCAAAUGUUGGAAGCUUUGCAAUACUUGCAUGAACGUGAUAUUGUUCAUCGCGAUAUUAAGCCGGAAAAUGUGUUAUACUUGACCCCAGAGACAGACAGUCAGAUCGUGUUGGCAGAUUUUGGUAUUGCUAAACGAUUACAAAACUCAAGUGAGAAGUUGAUGUCAUCAGCUGGGUCCUUUGGAUAUGCAGCACCAGAAGUUAUAUUAGGAACUGGACAUGGUAAAUCAUGCGAUAUUUGGUCCUUGGGAGUUGUCACUUACACCAUUCUUUGUGGUUAUUCACCAUUCAGAUCAGAAAACGUUACUGAUUUCAUAAAUGAGGUGAAGCAUAAUAACGCUGUCAUUUUCCAUGCUGAUUACUGGAGAGAUGUUUCUAAAGAUGCUCGUAGAUUUAUCAUCAAAACGUUACAGUAUAAUCCUGAUAAUAGACCCACAGCAACUGAGCUAUUGAAUGAUCCAUGGAUUGUAUCUAUUGCUAAGAAACAUACCGAUGCUGAUUUGUUGCCACAAUUGAAGGAGCGUUUCGAUGCCAAGGCCAAAUUCAGACAAGCUAUUGAACUUGUUAAAUUACACAACAGAAUCAAUAAAUUGAAGGAAAUGCAAACCGAAGAGGAUGAUGAUCCAACAGAGAUUAACAUGUUCAACGCCAAUGGAGAUUUGCUGAGAGAGCUGACUAAAAAGACAGAUGGGGAUUCGACCCAGGGCUCGGCUUUGAGUAAUUGGAAAAAGUUUAAUGACUCGUUGAAGGUAGCUGAAGGAGAUGCAGAUCGAUCAAAGGUUUCGUUAUCUGAUACCACUCCUAAGCCGAAGGACAAUGCGCCAAAGACAACGGCUGCUGGUAAUGCAUUUGUACAAUUAGUUCAUGCUGCUUCAAAAAACAAGGAGAGGGUAGAAAGCUACAAAGACAAAGACUGA